AUGCUGUGUAACAGCAACCGUCAAUCGUGGCGUGACUCGACGUUUGACUGCAUUGUGCAACCCCUCGGACCGUGGACGUUAACACCGAAAACGCCCAGACAGGCUUGGGCCCAGACAGGCUUGGGGUUGAGGAAAGCCUUUGUGGCUGCCGAUCCCGUGACGUCGACGACAAGGGCUGCUAAGAGGCACGCUGCAUAUUUGGACUUGUGA